AUGCUCUGGGUCGCUGCACAGACAUGCGAUGCCCCUUUCCUCGCUGCCUCCCCUGCUGCACGAGGAAGAGUGUGCCAGAAGCUUCUUGAGAUAUGCAUUAGCCUUCUUCGGCCGCUUGUACAUGUCAACUUGACACAGCCUGCACCCACGGACACCACCCCUCUGGAGAAUCUGAGAACGGCUCCGCAGGUGUUGGCCUUGGUGGACUUGGAGGUGCACCUGGCGGUGGCCGGGAAGGUCGAGCGAAUUCAAGAGCGCAUCACUACGAUGGUGGCACUCAGCAUGGACACUGGCGAGGGAAUUGAAGCUGAACCGCGAACUCCCCGCCGAAAGUCUGGCCCGGGAAGCGUCCACUCACAUCACACGGUCAGCAAUGGCCGCAUGUCUGUCAGCGAGGAGGAUAAGGAGGAGCGCAGGCGGACAUGGUGGCUGCUCUAUGUGAGGUGCGAGAACCUUUACCUGCCUAUGGACGAUAUUGCUUGGCAGAAUGGAGACUUUUAUACUCACGACCCUCACAACAUGUACGCGCAGCACCCGUCCUCUCCGUCACAUAGCGGUCUAGCGCAUCGCCGUCUCGGGCCGUCGAACUUUGAGGUCACGGGAACAGGCUUAUUCGAGUUUUUUUUACCGCUUAUGACGAUUCUUGGGGAAAUAGUGGACCUCCACCAUGCCAGGAAUCGUCCCAAGUUUGGUGUGAGGCAGGCUGGUGCUGAGGGUACCGGUUCCUUUGGCGGAGGCUACGAUGAGCUGGUACAGCAGAUCACCCAGCAGUUGGAUACGUAUUCGCGCAGCCUGCAGGAGUUUGAAUCGGCCAACAGUUCGGCGAUCAAGGAACGGACUGAAGGCGGGAUUAGUGAGGAGGGGCCCAAAAGAGGGGAAUAA